AUGUCGCAUAGAAAAUUUUCGGCACCUCGCCAUGGUUCUAUGGGAUUCUAUCCCAAGAAAAGGUCCCGUCGUCACCGUGGUAAAGUUAAGGCGUUCCCUAAAGAUGAUUCCAGUAAACCUGUACACCUCACGGCGUUUAUUGGAUACAAGGCUGUCUGGGCAGAACACAUGUCCGAAGACUGUAGACGUCGCUUCUACAAGAACUGGUACAAGUGCAAGAAGAAUUCCUUCACCAAGGCUAGCAAGAAAUGGCAAGAUGAGCUUGGGCGGAAAUCAAUUGAGAAGGAUUUCAAGAAAAUGAUUCGCUACUGUAGUGUGAUCAGGGUUAUUGCUCACACUCAAAUGAAGCUAUUGAAGCAACGUCAGAAGAAGGCUCAUAUUAUGGAGAUCCAAGUCAAUGGUGGAACUGUUGAAGAUAAAGUCAAGUGGGCAAGAGAACAUCUGGAGAAACCUAUCCCUAUUGAUUCGGUCUUUGCCCAAGAUAAGAUGAUUGACUGCAUUGGUGUGAUAAAGGGGAAAGGUUACAAAGGUGUGACUUCCCGUUGGCAUACCAAAAAGCUUCCUCACAAGACACAUAAAGGUCUACGUAAAGUAGCGUGUAUUGGAGCUUGGCAUCCUUUAAGAGUUUCAUUCACUGUUACUAGGGCUGGUCAGAAGGCCAUCACCGAACUGAAAUGA